UCCAGGAGCGCAGAUCCAGAGACGGGAGCGCAUCUCUGUCUCAGACACCUGAUGAGCAUCUUCCACACUUUUGAAAACGACUGAACGAACCCUCCCAAUAUACACACUGGGAUUUUAUCCAAGUUCCUUAAUAAGAAUUGUAAAUAUUUUGAGAACAUCACCAGCAGCUAAAAAGCUUUAUCACUUAGCUAUUAGUCUACUGACCUUUGUGACUUUUGGAGAUGGCACUCUCUUUUCGACGCAGGUGUUUGCUUUUGUUAUGCUUGACAGCCGUCCAGAGUUUGGGUCAUGCCACCGUUCAGACUUGCAUGGAUAAGCACCAGGUGGUCGGGGUGCUCCGUCAGAUGGAGAAGUUCCUGAAGGGCCAGGAGAUGCGAUUCACAGAGGGUCUCAGGAUCAUGAAGUCAAAGCUGGCGACGCUUCAGAACUCUGUCUCCAAAUUGCCUCAAGCAGACCAGUCAGCUGCUCCUACCACCUGCCCCUCCCUGGAAGCCCCCGUUCACGGAACCAAGUUUGGCUCAAAGCAUCUCGUCGGACAUGAGGUGCAUUUCACUUGUUCCCAUGGAUACCAUCUCAUUGGCUCUGCCACGCGAGUCUGCCGGGACAAUGGCACCUGGACUGGCGUCGGUGCAGCCUGUAAAGACAUAAGUGAGUGUGCCAGUAACCCUUGUCAAAACGGAGGUACCUGCGUGGAAGGUGUCAACCAGUACAAAUGCACGUGCCCACAAAACUGGAGCGGUUCCCACUGCCAGCACCAGACCCAGACAGCACCCCCCGAGUGGAGCGUCAUGAACGACCCGGCGUUCACCCGGAGACCUCACUGCGCCCAAGUGAACCAAGCCCAGCACUGCAGCUGCGAUGCGGGCUUUCACAUGAGUGGCACCUCUGACAACAGUAUCUGUCAGGAUGUGAACGAGUGUGAAGUGUACCGACUGGACCAAGGAGGAAAGUUGUGCGUCCACGAGUGUGUGAACGUCCCCGGAUCGUACCACUGCUCUUGCCCCAGCGGUUACAAGUUGCUCCCGGAUGGGCGGAGCUGCGAGGAUGUGGAUGAAUGCUUAAGCCAGCAGCACGACUGCAGCCUGGGGACAACUUGUAUCAACACGGGGGGAGGCUUUCAGUGUGUCAACCCAGAGUGUCCACGUUCUCAUGGGGACAUCAGCUACGUCAAGACGUCCCCCUUUCAGUGUGAGAGAAACCCCUGCCCAAUGGACAGCCGCCCCUGCCAUCUGGCUCCCAAGACCGUGUCCUUCCACUACCUGCCCCUGCCCUCCAACCUGCAGACCCCUGCCACGCUCUUCCGCAUGGCGACCGCCGCCGCCCCCGGCCGCACCGGGCCGGACAGCCUGCGCUUCGGCAUAGUGAGCGGAAACUCCAAGGGGAUGUUCGUCAUGCAGCGCUCGGACAGACAGACCGGCGAGCUGAUACUGGUCCAGCAGCUGCGCGGGCCACAGGAGAUCAGCGUCGACGUGGACAUGUCCGAGUACACCGACCGCACCUUUCAGGCCAAGCACGCCGCCAGGGUCCACGUCCUGGUUUCGCCGUACAACUUCUAGGAACCGGAGACUGAAAACUGAAGAGGAACGAGGAUGAGUGCGUGACGGGCACUUAGCUGAAACUGUUUCCUCAUCACCCUUCAGAAAUGAAUUCAUCAGAGUAGUGGGCAGUCGUAGCUUGCAAUUUGUUCAAUGGCCAACCGACCAACGUAUCUGACAUUAGUUGUAUUCCAACAAUAUAUGACAAAACACAUGAUAAAUGCUUCUUUAAAUAGUGUUAAUAUGGGUUGGGAGGGGUGGUUUUAGUAAUUGCUGUCGCUUUAUGUGUGUGUUUGUUUGUCCUUUAUAGAUGAUGUCUGUAGCUCAGGGUCAGGCCUGGGGAUCAUGCACUACCCUCGCUUUACUGAUGAUAAAUCCCUAGAAGACAUUAGUGCUCCUGUGGCUCUAAUUUAUUGGUAAUAUUGUUGCUGGUUUUUACAGUACAACAUGCUAAUCAUAUACUGUAUAUUUGUUUUUUUAUAUAUACUAGCUUGCUUUUUAAGGCAACCUUCAUUAUGCUAAGGGAUUUUUUUUUUUUUUUUGAAAACAGUGGCUGCAGUACUCAUCCUGGUCUAUUUUCCUCUAUUUCUCAUAUUCUGUAUGUCGUCGCAUUAUAUUCCAAAUCAGUGACGAUUUGCUAAGCCUGCCAAUGUACUACACCAUUUAUGUGGAAUUUUAAUUGUCUCUACAUAACCGAAAUAAAAGUCAGUCCAACA